ACAGGCCGCCAGCAUCCCCGGCGCAGGCCCGGGACCGCCCGGCACCUCCACCUGCGGGAGGGCGCCGCACCCCUCCUCCCUGCGGGGCGUCCCCGGCGCUGGGUCCGCGGGUCGGCCCCAGGGAAGGGCCUCCGUGGGCCGCGGGGACGCCCCGCCCCUGCUCCGGGCUCGCGCCGCGGCCGCGGAACGGGGAGCGGCCUGGGGAGCGGCGGGCGGGUGGGACCCAGAGCCGCGGCCCGCGCCCGCCCCGAGUCCCGCCCCGGCCCGCCCCGGCCCGGCUGGCCCGGCGGGGACCGAGGAGGAGGAGGCGGCGGCGGGCGGCGGGUCAUGCGGCUCCUGUUCCUGGCGGUGCUGCGGCGGCACACGGGCAACGCCGUCACGGCGCGGCGCGUCCGGGACCACCUGGAAGCCGCGGGCCACGUGUGCGUCCUGAAGGAUGCCCUGGACUUCGACAGCCCGUCCGAGGUGGCCGACCUGGUCCGGGCGGACGGCGUGGAGGCGGUGCUGGCUCUGCACCUCUACCGCGCAGGGCGGCUGCUGCAGGGCCUGCCCGUCCCUUUCGGGGUCAUCUUCGGUGGCACGGACCUAAAUGAAGACGUGAACCAGGAGGACAAGCACCGAGUGAUGGGCAGGGUCCUGCAGGAAGCCAGGUUUGCGGUCGCGUUCACGGAGGCCAUGCAGGAGACAGCGCACAGACAGUGGCCGCACAGCAGAGGGAAGGUGUGUGUACAGAGCCAAGGAAUCGCCACCUCGCCCAACACAGCCCUGAGCUGGCCCGGCUUCCUGCAGCGGUCAGACAUCAGCCCGAGCGCCGACGGCCUGUACGUGUUCCUGCUGGUCUGCGGCCUGCGGCCCGUCAAGGACCCGCUCUACCUGGUGGGCGCCUUUGCAGAGUGGCACCGAGAAGAGCCCGGCGUGUACCUGGUGAUCGUGGGCCCGGAGGUGGAUCCCGAGUUCGCCAGGGAGGUGAAGGCCACAGUGCAGAGGAGCGCGGGUGUCCGGCUGCUGCCUGAGAUGCCGCAGGAGGACCUGCACGCCGUCAUCAGGAACUGCUUCGCGCUGGUCAACAGCUCCGUGUCUGAGGGCAUGUCGGCCGCCAUCCUGGAGGCCAUGGAGCUGGAGGUGCCCGUGCUGGCGCGGCACAUCCCGGGGAACGCGGCCGUGGUGCAGCACGGGGUCACGGGGCUGCUGUUUGCAGACCCGCAGGAGUUCCUCCGGCUGGCGCGGCGGCUGGUGCGUGACCCCGCCCUGGAGAAGGAGCUCGUGGCCCGCGGGAAGGAGUACGUGCGCAGGUGCCACUCCUGGGAGGCCGAGCGCAACACCUACCAGCGCCUGGUGCAGCGCCUGCAGGGGACGGUGCCCUAGGCCGGACACGCGCGCCCGGGCUGAUGGCGAGACCGACGCGGGCCGGCCUGGACACUCCCUUCCAUCCGCCGGCGAGCGCACCGCCCGCCUUCCUAGCAGCAUGGACCCACCAUGGCCACGAGGGUCCGGCCAGCAGGACCUCUGCCCCUGCAGGCCCCCUGGGGCCGCCCCUGGCACCUCCUGAACACGGGCUGCCGCUGUGACCUUGCCCGGGUGCUGGCGGGGUGGCCGGGCUGUGGACAAGCCCCUAAGAGCGGGCACGACCCCCGACCACCCGGAUGCACUCCUCUGUCCUGCCCGCCCACCGGGCGCUCCCAAGGAAUAAACCAUCUGCCGACUCCUCACUCCGGCCCUCUGUGGGGGUCUCCGCGUCCACCUGAGCCUUGGCGGAGGGGGGUGCUCUGAGGCCACGUGGAUGGGUGGGCUGGUUGCUCGGGGCCGCCAUGCCCCCAGGAGAGGUGGGAGGAAGACCUGGCCUCAGGGGGCGCAGUGGGCAGUGGGGCCGGUGAUCAUCCUGCCUGCGGGAACACGCUGUCGUCUGGGCCUCCAUGAGCACAGGACUGUGUCAGUGUCCAUGUGUGCAUACAUGUGCAUGAGUGCAUGGCAUGCACACAUACAUGCAUGUUCAUAUGUAGGCAUGUCAGUACAUAUCUGCAUGUACGUUUAUAUACAUAUGCACACAUGCAUGCCUAUGUGUAUACAUGUGCACGUAUGUGCAUGCACAUAUAUGUGCACACGUGUAGUUUGUGCUUGUGCACACAUGUGCAUGUGUGCAUGUAUACAUGCAUGUGUGUCUCUGUGUAUGUGUCCAUGUGUGUAGUAUGUGCAUGUGUAUGUACACAUAUGUGCAUGUAGUUUGCAUGUGUAUGUGCAUGUGUGGGUGGGGGGUUCUGCCCAUGUUGCCUCCCCACCCUGCUGUGUCCUGGGUCUCAGGGUCCCUGCCUGUUCCUUUGAGGUAAGCCCCCCGUCCUGUCCCGUCGCAGGUGCUGGCCCGGGUCCAGGUGUGUGACGGGGCCAGUGAGGGCACUCGUGUCCCUCUGUCCCUGCCUGUCCUCCUGCUUUCCUUCCCCCGGAGGCUGCUCAGUAGCUGUGUCCUGUCCCCCAGGCCUGAAGCCUCCAGGCUCUGGCAGACGCCCUGUCCCGGCCCCAGGGGUCGAGGAGCACUGUAGGACUCUGGGUGCAGGGUGGGGCAGCCCUGCCUUGGCCUAACUGUGCAGUGCCCAGGGGUUCCCGGGUCCAGCCCGACUGACCCCUGCCACUGAGCCCCGUUCUGGGCCGCGUCUGUCUGGAACAAAGGAGGGUGCAGGGGCGGGGGGGGCGGGGACGGGCCCAGAACACACGUGCCAGGGGGCACCAUCACCUCCGUCUCUCUUGGUCCUGGUCGGCUUCAGUUUCCCCAGCUGGGUCGGGGGCAGGACGCGGGAGGCAGGGGCUCUCCGCCACCUCGGCCGCUGCCAGCCCGGCCGGCAGGUGGAUGCUGCAUGGACAGAAACUCGCCCCCGCGGCUGCCCGGGAGACCAGCCGGCCCUCUGCCACGCCCGGUGCCCGCUGUGACUCCCAGAUUGCCACCAUCACUUUCCCGAGUCGCUUCAAGCAUCUCACAAUAGCGACAACAACAAACCGCCUGUAAUUUCCAACAAACAGGUUGAUUUGUACCAACCACAGCUCUGAAACAGGCAAUUAAAUUUUGAAUCUGUG